GAUGGAUCUAUUGAUUACAGUAUUACACCUUUAACACGUGAAACGGCGAAACACUAAACAGAAUCGUUCAACCGUUAAAACUCCGCCCCGCGCCACCAAAUCCUCCUCCGCCGCCGGUGCUAUUCCCUAGUAAAGCAGCAGCUAGGUACUAAUCACUAUCUCCAUCAUAAACUAAAAAAAAAUUCCAAUUAAUUCGCAAAGGAACAAAAAAAACAACAAUUACUAAUUCCGAUCGGGUCGAUUUUCCCGCCAUAGCAUAGUGAUUCGCGAUGCCGUCGCUGCGACGGAGGCGCGCCGCCGCGGAGGAGUCGGUCCGGGCGCCGGAUCCGGAGGAGAAGAGGCCGGAGCUCCGGAAACCGAAGAAGCAGCGGAAAUGGUCGUGCCUGGACAAUUGCUGCUGGUUUAUUGGGUCCGUCUGCGUGGUGUGGUGGGCGGUGCUGUUCUCGUACAACAUGAUGCCUUCCUCGUUCCCGCAGUACGUGACGGAGGCGAUUACGGGGCCAAUGCCCGACCCGCCGGGGGUGAAGCUGAAGAAGGAGGGGCUGCAGGCGAAGCAUCCCGUGGUUUUUGUUCCCGGAAUUGUGACGGGAGGGCUGGAGCUGUGGGAGGGGCAUAGCUGUGCUGAAGGAUUGUUCAGGAAGAGGCUGUGGGGAGGCACGUUCGGUGAAGUUUACAAGAGGCCACUAUGUUGGGUGGAUCACAUGUCGUUGGAUAAUGAAACUGGCUUGGAUCCUCCCGGUGUCAGAGUCAGGCCUGUUACUGGCCUAGUUGCUGCAGAUUACUUUGCUCCAGGAUAUUUUGUUUGGGCAGUUCUAAUAGCUAAUCUUGCUCGGAUUGGGUAUGAAGAGAAAGCCAUGUACAUGGCUGCAUAUGAUUGGAGGCUUUCAUUCCAGAACACAGAAGUGCGUGAUGGAGCACUGAGUAGAAUAAAAAGUAAUAUCGAACUGAUGGUUGCUACAAGUGGACACAGGGCAGUAAUUAUUCCACAUUCCAUGGGUGUUCUAUACUUUCUCCAUUUCAUGAAAUGGGUGGAGGCACCUGCUCCGAUGGGUGGAGGAGGUGGACCAGAUUGGUGUGCUAAACAUAUAAAGGCUGUGAUGAACAUUGGGGGGCCAUUUUUAGGCGUUCCUAAAGCUGUUUCUGGGCUUUUCUCUGCAGAAGGUAGAGAUAUUGCUGUUGCCAGGGCCGUUGCUCCUGGUGUCCUGGAUAAGGAUCUAUUCCGAAUCCAAACCUUGCAGCACAUAAUGAAGAUGACUAGGACAUGGGAUUCAACAAUGUCCAUGAUACCUAAAGGCGGAGAUACCAUUUGGGGUGGACUUGAUUGGUCACCGGAGCAGGGUUAUGCUGCAAGCAAAAGAAAACAUAAUACCAGCCAACCUGAGGACUUAACCUGUACAGAAGACGGAAAUGUUAAACAGAAAGUAAAAUUUGCCCACUAUGGAAGGAUAAUAUCAUUUGGGAAAGAUGUUGCUGAGGCACAUUCUUCUGAGAUUCAGAGGAUUGAUUUUAGGGAUGCUGUAAAGGGCAACAAUUUUGCAAACGAUACUUGUGAAGAUGUGUGGACAGAGUAUCAUGACAUGGGUAUUAGUGGCAUCACAGCUGUUGCUGAAUAUAAAGCGUAUACUGCUGGAGAUUUACUAGAUCUGCUAAACUAUAUUGCCCCAAAAAUGAUGGAGCGUGGAAGUGCUCAUUUUUCCUAUGGUAUUGCUGAUAACUUGGACGACCCCAAGUAUUCGCACUACAGAUAUUGGUCAAAUCCAUUAGAAACAAGGUUACCAAAUGCCCCUGACAUGGAGAUCUUCUCUAUGUAUGGAAUUGGCAUUCCAACUGAAAGAGCUUAUGUGUACAAGCAGGUCCCAGCUGCAGAUUGCUACAUUCCAUUUCAAAUCGAUACAUCCGUAGUUGAAGAAGAUAUAGAUAGAUGCGUAAAAGAUGGUGUUUUCACCGUUGAUGGCGACGAAACUGUGCCUGUUUUAAGUGCAGGCUACAUGAGCGCAAAAGCGUGGCGUGGAAAAACCAGAUUUAAUCCUUCCGGAAUGAAAACAUAUGUAAGGGAGUGCGAUCAUGCUCCUCCAUCUACUCUUCUCGAAGGCCGCGGAACCCAGAGUGGUGCUCAUGUUGACAUCAUGGGAAACUUUGCUUUGAUCGAGGACAUUAUGAGGGUUGCUGCCGGGGCUACAGGGGAGGAUCUGGGAGGUGACCGGGUGUACUCAGACAUCUUCAAGUGGUCCGAAAGGAUCAAGCUACCUCUAUAAAGCUAACAUGUAUGAUAGGCUUCCACAGCUUCAUUUUGAAAAGUAGGAUGGUGCAUCGUGAUUGAGGAUUCCAUUCUGCUGCAUAGGUGCAUGAUGGCUGAGGUAAAGUACGAAGAGAGACGUAAGCUUCAGCAUGAUCGAGCUUUUGAAGCAGCGUACUGGGCAAAUUCUGGUUAAGGUAUCAUGUCUUGUAACUGGAUAGUAAUAACACAUUUCAGCGCUGCUACAACAGUGUUGUGUUUCUUUGGGGAUUAUGUGUUCAUUUUCUCUCUGCAGCUGAUAUUUGUAUUAUUAUGAAUAUGGUUUUAGUGUUCUUACGUGGGAUCAACAGGGUAGAGAUAAACGAAAGAAGUGUAUCUAUUCUUUGGUUUA